UCUAAAGUCGAUAUGUGCUUGUGAUUGCGGUACUAUCCUUGAGGCUCACCCCCUCUGCGUUGGAGGGACCAAUUGCGGCGCGCCUCUCCCUCGGUCCCGUCAUGGGCCUCCGUGGAGAUUCGGGGAUCAUGUCACUCCCUCAACCAGAGACCGCGUUGAACAACGCGUGCGCUGUCAUUUUCAACAACACACUAUACACAUAUACCGCCGAUGCAUUUCAGUCGCUGCGGUUGGAGCCGGGCGCGGAGUGGGAGACGCUGGCGCAGGGCGAGAAGGUGACGGGCGGCGUCUGUGUUGGCUCAACGACGGGCACCCCGGAGACAUCCGCUUUCUUUGUCGUCGGGGGCGUUGGAGCGUCGGCCGAGUACAAGGGUCUGCAGAAAUACACGUACGCGACGGGGAAGUGGGAAAGCAUCACGUUGUCUUCGCCGGUAACGGACCGUCGGCUUGGACACAGUGCCACUUACAUCAACAGCACCGACUCGAUUCUCGUCUACGGCGGCACUCAGGAGGGCACCAAUAGUGCAUCGACGCAAACAUUUACCAUUGGCGCGUCGACACGCGAGGUUCUCUCCUACCCUUCCCUCGCGCCACCAGCCCUCAGGCCGAUCCUCCUGCCUUGGUCCGCCAAUCAGGCCGUCAUGAUCGGCGGCAGCACGUCGAAUACGCAGGUUAUGCUGUUUAGGCACGAGCAGCGUUGGGAGGACUCGCGUUGGGAAGACUCGGGGGCGUGGCUCGCUACGCCCCUGCCAAAGGACGCAUCGUCGAUUCAGGCGGUGUUGGUGACAGGCGACGAUGGAUCGAAGAAUCUCAUCACUUUCGACAUGACAGAGUCCCCCAACGCAGUCAAGCGGACGGUGCUCUUUAGCGCUCCCGGCGUGCCGGUCCCGAAUGCCGCACCAGCUCGCAAGCGGAGGUCGAGGAGGAAAGUCUCGGACACAGGCACCCAGGAGAGAAGGCGUGCCGAGCCCCUGACCUUGAACAGCUGGCCAGCAUACAAUUCGACACUGGCGCCGAAAACUACUCGGAGCAACUUUGCUCUCGCUCAGGGGCCGGAUGGCAUGGUGGUGAUUGCGGGUGGAACCAACGAUAAAGACGUACUGUGCAUGUUCAAUGCCAGGCAGAACAGCUGGGAGGACGCGGGCGAGAAGCUGGGCCAAUUCAGGCUGCUCUCGGAGAGCUCGUCAACCUCGGCAUCGACUACAGCGACCUCCACAGCCUCGACAUCAACAAUGACAUCGGCAUCCAUAACAUCCUCCGCAUCCGUAGCCGCAACCGUGACCAGCCCGGCAGCGGCGACUCAGACGCCUACCGAAACACCCGCGGCAACGGUCUCGGACAGCUCCGGGCCACCGGUCAAUACCAUCCUCGGCGCCGUGCUAGGCGGCUUCUUUGGGCUGGCGCUGUUGCUGGCCCUUCUAUAUCUGUGUAUCAAGAGGCGGCAGAGGCGGCAGGGUCACUUGGAGGCAGGCCACUUGCGGAGGGCCAGCGGGGUGUCGUCGAGUGAGAAAGAUGGGCUCGGUUUUACCAAAGACAGCCUUGGUCUUGGACAGGGCCCGCCGGGCGUGUUCCGCGGCCACCAGCCUCAGGGCUCACAGAGCUCCUUCUCCUCGAUGGCGAUCCUGAUGGGCCGCGCAGGCCAGCAAAACUCGGCACCAGGCAAAUCAAGCAACGAAAGCAAACGCGACUCGUCCGGAAGUACCUUCCGCGCAUUCAAGAGCACCAUCAGCAAGCCCAUUGUGCGGGACGCCCAGUCCACCGUGGUGGUACAACCACCGGAGCCUCGGCAGCAGGCUUGGGAUGAGAAGGGCGUCUCGUUCGCGGCAGACACGGUGGAUCCCAAGCCGCGGAACAUGACGGCGGGAGCUGAUCCGCGAGGAAGCACGCGGCGCAGCUCCGGGUGGAACAGGUAUUGGUCAGGCGGGUCGGCGUUGAAUCUCCUGGGCUUCGGCGGCGGCGGCAACAACGCGGCCAUCAACUCGCAACGGACCACGCUGGCCACAGACCGGAGCAGCAGCUCUCACUACAGCUCUCCGAACCGCAUGACCCAGGACAGCGCGACAGUGCCGCCGCUGUUUCCGCCUGCUGCCAGCGAGCCCCGGAUGUCCUUCAGCCGUGUCAACGCGCACAGCCCGACUAUCGCGAUAUACAAUGAUAGGCUCGGCGAAGGCAUGAGUGGCAUGAUUGAGACGCAGCGCCCGAUCAGUGCCGUGAGCGACAUGUCUGCGUCGGCCUAUUCGAGCGGCAUCCCCGAGUCGGUCCAAGAGGCAUGGGAUCCCACCGCCAACGGCAAGCCCUGGGGCGCGGACCGGUCGCACAAUGACUCGCUCACCGGCCUCUACUCGACAGCCCUCACCCCGGCUUCGCAAGGCUCGAGGCCGUCAGCCCAAGCGCCAAAGCAGCCCCAGGCUCCCGUGCGCGACGACAUGAGCUGGCUCAAUCUCGGUGCCAGCUGAGGCGGCAGCCGUCCAAAAUUCGAAAUCCAACAAUCCCUUCUUCACGGCGCCUUCGCGAGGCGUCUUGUCUUGGGCAACGCCCUGAAUUCACACUCGACCUUGCCAGUACACGCCCUGCUGCUUGACGAGAACUCUCUCCUGGCGGCGGCUGU